GUCCGCAAGAACAUCCCACUCUCUCUCUCUUUUUGAAGAUAGUGAGUGGCCAUCUACAGCUAUCUACUGUGUUGGUCCAUAUCUGUGAGAUUUUCUUUCUGCAUUCUAAUUAUAUGUGUAACGACACCGAUGCAUCAAUCUUAAUUCAUCUUGUUCGGACCCCGUAUCCUGACGUGCAGAGAACAAGGACGCAUGAAGCAGAGAUAUUGGUUGAAAAACGAUCCCUUCCAGGCAGCCUUCUGAGACACCAUCGAGGGUGACAACUCUGAUCCAAAGGGAUCUAAUCUUGAAGACCAAAUAGUACUCCGUACAUCGGCAUAGAAUCCAUUUGUCUUCCAACAUCAACACUAUGAUAUCUCAUCCAACGACCUCUUCAUCAUGUCCCUUUUGCAAAAUCUCAUCUUCAUAUCCUCCUAUCGCCCCUUCUUCAUUCCUCUCUGACAGAUCAUCAUCGUCGUCGUCUAAAACAGCAUCACCUUCGACCAGCUCAGAAGGACAGGCUCAUUUAGUCCUGUCGACCAGGCACGUUCUCGCAUUUCUAGAUAUCAUGCCCUUGACAAGGGGACACCUGUUGCUCAUCACGAGAGGGCAUCACGAAAAGUUAGGUGAGGUCGGGGUGCAAGAUGGUCAGGAGCUCGGGAAGUGGCUACCUAUCAUCUCAAGGGUCGUGACCAGGACGGUGCUGGGCAAGGAUGCACCAGAGUCUGAUAUGCACUGGAACGUUGUACAGAAUAACGGCGCACGAGCAGCCCAGCUCGUUCCCCACGUUCAUUUCCAUGUAAUUCCACGACCAAAUACCGACGUGGUUCCUACCGGCACCAAGAUGAGUUGGGUGAUGUUCGGCCGGGGGCAAAGAGACGACCUCGACGAUGAAGAAGGCGAGCAGCUCGCCCAGGCCAUGAGAGAAGAACUAGCCAGGGAGGUCAUUCGCAUCAAGGAAUCCGAGGGGAUAGACCUCGAUAUAGAUUCUAAGCCAGAGCAGAAAGGAAGAAGUCAGGUGAAGUUGUGAAGUUACAGAGUUUCUAUUUUCUUUUGUCACGUUUGGAUAGCGUUUAUAUAAACGGAUAUUUUGCGUGGUGUCAUCACUUUUUCAUGUCUCGCAGCGCGGGAGGCGCAUUGAUAACGCUUCAUGUAUGUACUCACUCGGACAUUCUAUCGAGAUGCAAUCGUCCCUGAAAGCCCUUUUUUUUCUAUUCCCAUGUGAUCCAUUGAUAUGCCUUCUAGUCCUGGGUUUGAGCAGGUGUCUUAGUGUCCCUCUUGGAAUUUUUCAUAAAGUACUAGGAGUAAGUCAGUCAGUUUCGAUAUCUUUCCCGGACAUAAUACAAGUGUUCCAAUUCAUUCAAACU